AUGGUCGCUGCAGCCCGCCUCCUUGCCGCCCUGGCAUGGCUCUUCCUGUCCGCUGCUAGCCCCGUGCACGGUGUCCCAGCUACCCUACCAGGACUGCACGUCCUCUCACCCCGCGCAGAUCUGCAAGUCAACGUCUCGAGUAACGGGACGGUCACUGUCUCGAAUGGCAAUGAGACCAUCGCGCAAGGAUUUGCGACAGACGGAGGAGGAUCCGGAUUCGAUGCGUCUGCCGUGCUGUGGAUCGUCUACUGCUUCCUGCUCGGUGUCCCCCUCGCCUUUGGUGGGGUGAGGCUGCCGCGCCUGACGACGGGGAUCGGCAUUGGGCUGACCAUCACAGUCUGCAUGUGGGCGGCGUUCGUCAGUACCGAGUCGGCUAAGGACCUGCCGGAGCUCGUCAUCACGCUGAUCCCCAUGCUUCUCUUUGUUCCCGGGUUCCUGUUCGGAGCAUACGAGUAUGGCCGCCUUGCUGGCGUCAUCCUUCUCGUUGUGGCGAGCGGCUUCUCCUGGGGCGUGCGGAUCUGCCUGUUCGGUACGAACUUGGCCGUGAAGGAGAUCUGGGGCGCCUGGUUGAUCGGCACGGCCUUCGCGCUUGUCCAUGUCAUCUUGAUUCCGUAUUUCGAGCGGCUAGCAGUGGCAAUUUCUGCCUCAUCCGUCGGGACAUUCUUCCUUGCGUUGGGUAUCGACCUGAUUGUCAACAAACAAUCCGGCAUGAGCCUCGGUCUGCGGUAUGCAUUCGACCGCAACCCGCGCCACUACUAUGCCAUUGUGUACGCCGGGUGGAAGCCGCCCACAUCGACAAUCAUCAUCAUGGCUGUCUCCCUCGGGGUCAUGUGA